UCAAAAACAGAAAAAGGAAGCAAGAGAGCCGCUGCGGCUGUGGGCAGGGCGUCUCGCGGCGAGACGGAGCGCGUCCCCGCCGCACGCCGCCUGUUCGACGAAAUGCCUCCGCGGCAAGACGGCGCGGCGGCGCCGACCACCUCGCCACCGCCGAGCCCCGGCGGCACGACCUCCGCUACCAAGGGCGCGGGCGCGGGCGCAGCUCCCCCACCCUCGUCUCCGCACCCCGCCUCCAAGGGCCCGUCCGCUCCGGGUGGCACAGGCACCGGCGAUGAGGCCGCUGCUACUCCGCCCUCGUCUCCGCGCUCCGGCGGAAGCCCCCCCGUCGCCUCGCCAUCCCCAGCACCGGUCUCCUGCCCCGCCUCUCCACGGGUUCACUGCGGCGGCCGCGGAAGCCCCCCCACGGCCUCGCCACCCCCAGCAUCAGCUUCCUGCAACACCUCCCCCAGGGUUCGCGUCUCUCUUCUAGAGCUGGUGGCGACCGGCCACGGCAAGCCUGCGGCGGGCGCGCACGAGGAGGGAGGGGAGGUGGAGAAGGCGAUGGAAGACCCCGUCGAGACGCCCGCGCUCUCUGACUCGGAGAAGCAGCUCUCAUCCGCUCCGGGUGGUACCGCCGCCGCCGCCGCUGCUCCGCCCUCAACUCUUGAUGAGCGGGAGACACUCUUGAGGCGGACGCAUUACGCUGCUGUCCCGCAAGAUCAUGCAACACCGAGCAAAUGGGUGGGUGAUGUAGAUGCAGACCGGACAACCAGAAUGCCUGCGGUGCAGAGGAUGGAAGAUGGGUUGAGGUCCGAGACGUCCAGACUUAAAGCUAAAGAGAAGAAGGGGGAGGAGGAGAAGAGGAAGGGGAAGGAGGAUGGGAAUGAGGACAAUCAUGUCUGUCUUGGGUCUGGAUUCUUUCGUUGGAAUGCAGAGCCAGCCAGGGAUGAUGCAUCGUCAGCGCUGAAGCAACAACUGCUUAUGCCCCAACAGUCAAAAUUAAUGCCCACUCCAUCGGACACACCCAAUCCUAUAAUACCUGAGAUUACAGCAAUGACUACGAGGACUUCCACGCUCAAGGGCAAGGUAUAUCAUUUUGAGUCUUGUUUGAUGCCUCUAAGGUCUGAAAGUCCAAAGACUUAUGGCAUAUGUUCUUUUCCCAGCCUUGGUCAGAUCACUUCUGAAAGCAAAGAUCCUGAGAUGGUGAAAAUUGGCCUCCGCGUCCUUACAAGAUCGAGCGAGAACUUGGAUGAGAGGAGGUUAUAUUCAACCAUUCAUGAAAUACUGAAAGCUGUAGUUGCUAAAUACAAUGCCAGUCAGCUUCUAACACAGCAAGAGCGCGUGAGGUGGGAGAUUAGAAAGAUACUGACAGAUCAGGCACAGAACUUUGGAAUUGCCAUUGAUGGUGUCUCCAUUGUAAGCCUGAGCUUUGAAAAGGUGUUUACUCAGGACAUUCAAGAGAAAGAGGUGACUACACAAGAAGAUGAGCAAGGUAACAGGACUACACAAGAAGCUGGGCAAGAUAACAGGAGUGCAAUGAUCAGGUCACAGGAGGACGAUCAGAUCUGGAACAAGAGGCAGAUUGGCUACAUAUUUGAUCUAGGUACUGCGCUGGGCAUCAUAUUUUUGAUUCGACCCUGGUUGCCUAGUGGCUAUGAUCGUUGGAUAUUGGCUGCGUUUGCUGCCGUUUGGGGGGCGGGCAGCGUGGGCUUGCCCAUCGGAAUGUUUGGCACCUCCAGGGUUGAAAAAAAUUGCAGUCGACAUGUAGGGCGAUUCAUCUCUCUUUCCUUCUCACUGCUGGUCCUCUAUGCCAUCUACAUCCUCACACUAAAUGUCUCCGGCACUCCAUCAACUCCAUCUGUGUCGUCAUUUGGAAUCACCAACGGUGAUGGUGAUGGUGAUGGUGAUGCUGACUGGUGGACAACUGCUGGCUUCAUUGUGAUUGCGGCUCUAGUGGCAUUUGGACACCUAUGUUCCUGGAUAAGAGGGUGUUGUACAGGUGGUGACAGGGACAUGUUGCCUUAGAAUGUUGACAACAGUCUGGUGUAACCCUGGCCAUGUCAGCUCUCUUUUUCCGAGCCCUGAGACGGGAAAGCAAGAAGUGUUUGUCGAUGCUCGCUGGUUAUGAUAUAUCGCUGUGAUGAUCAAUGUAGAUUUUUGCCUUUGCUGCUGUUUGGCUGGUACAGGAAUACGGAUAUGCCCAGUUGCUGACACAAGCACUCCAGGUCUUUUUGGGCCUUUGUACAUGCGGUGCUUAUGUUGUUGAAGUGUUGAUACUCAUAGAAUGGAAUAGAAUAGAAUGUUUUUUUGGAAAGAGUAGAAGGGUUUCUGUGCAGUGUUGGAAUGCGUGAUGAGAGGUCGUUGGUGUGUUGUUUUGGAUCUCGGCCACUCACUGUGAUGUUGGGAGUAUGAUUUUCACCAUAAUGUUGCGUGAAAUUGGUUUUGCAUUUUAA